AUGGAAAAACCGCAGCAGUCGGACCCAUGCGUCGACCUGUCCUCUCAAGAACCAUUACACCUAAUUCCACUCUGUAGCAGAACAGCUGCUGAUUGUCGGGAGGGUUGUUUCCGGUCUGUUUCAGCUACUUGCACCCGAGGACGAGGCAGAUUCUACCAAGGAACCGAGAACGUGACGGAGGAUGGGAUCCCGUGUCAGCGCUGGGACUCGCAGACGCCGCAUACACACAACCAACCGCCGUUAUUUUUUCCGGAACUCCAGGAUGCUGAGAACUAUUGCCGUAACGCCGGUGGCCAGGAACCAUCCCCGUGGUGCUACACGACGGAUCCGGCGAUCCGCUGGCAACGCUGCAACAUCCCCCAGUGCGUCGGGGUUUCAAGGACAGACCAUGUUGACGUAGACUCGUCGGAGAGGAAUGAGCCACGGAUCGUUUGUCUCAUCUGGGAUUCCUUCGUUUCGUUCGUCGUCGUCGUCGUCGUCGUCGUUGCCGACGACGACGACGACGAUGUAGCCCGGCCGAUUUCAUUUCCUCGCGUGCUGCUUCUCUUCCCUGCCGCUCAUCACGAAGUUUCCGGGCUACAAAAUGAAACAAUUCCAACACCAGAGACUGAAAUCAGGCCGUCGGGAGAAAACGGAGACGGAAGUUUUUUUCUGAACCCGACGGCGCAUCCAACAUAUUUAGCCGCAGUCGCAAGCGUUGGCGUCGUUGCCGUUCUGCUGGUUUUCUUGGUGAUGUUCCUUUUCUGUAGACUCUGCAAGCGACGGAAGCAAGGCUAUACUGCAGCUAGUACUCAGGACGUGGACAUUGACGUUGACAAACUACCGAGCAACUACGCGUAUCACAAGACAGGCAUUCAGCUGAAUCCGAAAUUGGAGAGAUUGGAGUAUCCGCGGAAUGACAUCAUUUAUAUCCGAGACGUAGGGGAAGGCGCAUUCGGGAAAGUUUUCCAGAUUUAUGUCCCGCCUGCUGCGGCCGGAGUCGCCAGGUCUGCCAGCAUGAUCCGCGUGCACAACAAUCCCGUGUGCCAGUGCCCGAAUCAGCACAACGCCCCGGAAGUCGAAGUCGUCGCGGGCGGCUCUGUCACUUCCCCGGUCGUUGAAAGUUCUUCGGGACCGGUCGACUGCGUCUAG